UGGGAGAAAGGCGAGAAAAAUUAGGAGAAGAAUUAGCAAAAAAGCAAUUUUAUAUUUUAGUACAUAACAACGUCCAAAGACUUUUCAAAAAUGGUGCCUUUUAUCGUUCUUGAUUAUUAUUACCCCUGUGGUUUGCAAUUAACCGAAAAAGCAGAAAAUGUUGAAAUUGAACAUCGUGCAAAUUUAACAUCUAUAACUUAUGAAAUUGUUAAUAAACACAAUCCAAAAGUGAAGUUUUCAUUUUGUAGCCAAGGAUGGAAAAUUGGAAGAAAGGUUUACAAAACUAAAAUCAGAAUAGUGAAGGGUAUUAGACGAAAUUUAAAUUAUGUCGAGUCUUCAGACUACAAAUAUUUUGUUAAUUAA